GAGUGCAGCAUUUGAGUCGCUGUGACGCGCCGCAGACCAGUAGCAGCGUCUGUGAAUCAUGGCUCACAGUGACGGUUGAAGAAGCACAGGCGUCUCACGCACAGCUAUUGUCAUGGCCACGGGCUCCUCCAGAAGCGACAGAGAACGCUCUCAGCUGCACGCCGUCGUUUCAUGUGCCAAACUCAAGAGGAAGAAGAACUGGUUUGGAACGGCCAUCUAUGUGGAAGUGACAUCAGAGGGAGAGAGCAAGAAAACCACCAAAUCCCACAGUUCAUCCAGCCCCAAAUGGGAGGAACGUCUGACGCUGAGUAUAACGCCACACUCGCAGCUGGAUUUCAGAGUCUGGAGUCAUCACACCCUGAAGGCCGACGUGCUGCUGGGAAAAGCCUCACUGGAUGUUAGCGGGACGCUCCGGAAACACGACGGCAAACUGGAGAAUGUGCGCGAGGUGUUGACGCUGACCGUGGACGGUAAGAACGGAGUCGUGUCCACCGGUGAACUCACAGUCUUCCUGGACGGACUCUCGUUCGACCCACAGCACAUGCACAAUGGAAACCCAACCACUGCGAGCAAAGUCCAUCAGAAUGGAGAUGCUUUUCAUGAGAACCCAGACGAGAGUUCUGCGAGGACACAGAGCAGAUCUGUGAGCGGCUCAGAUGGACUGGAGAAUGAAGCUCCGCUCACCUCUUCUGCCAACUGCGAGCUAGGCCCCUCCCUCCUCAAUGGAGACAGAGACUCCUCCCCUUCACACCAAACUCCCAGUCCAAAGGCCACGCCCCCUCUGCAGCCCGCUGGCAGUGACGCGAUCAGCACCGCUGUGAACGGCGAGGGUUGUGAGUUGUCGUCAGCGGGUGAUAACGACGACGCUGCAGCUGCUGAUGUUUCCUGCAGUACUUCCUCUCCUGCUGCUGCCUCAUCACCACCACCCUCCUCUUCCUCAUCUGCAGCGGCCACCACACAGACCACUUGUUGUGAUGCAGCUGCAGUGAUGAGAGAUGUGUGUUUUCUCAGGUGGGAGCAGAGGAAGGAUCCUCACGGCAGAACGUACUACGUUGAUCACAACACAAAAACAACCACCUGGGAGCGACCGCAGCCAUUACCGAUGGGCUGGGAGCGGAGGGUGGAUAACCGCGGCAGGAUUUAUUACGUGGAUCAUAACACGCGCACCACCACAUGGCAGCGGCCGACGAUGGAGUCUGUGAGGAACUUUGAGCAGUGGCAGUCUCAGCGCAAUCAGCUGCAGGGAGCCAUGCACCAGUUCAACCAGAGAUACCUCUACUCGGCCUCCAUGAUGUCUGCUGAGAACGAUCCUCUGGGGCCGCUGCCGCCGGGCUGGGAGCGCCGCGUCGACACCAAUGAUCGCGUCUACUUCGUCAAUCACAACACGAAGACGACGCAGUGGGAAGAUCCACGAACACAAGGGUGAGUGAACGAGGACCCGCUCCCCGAGGGCUGGGAGAUUCGUUACACUCGUGAGGGAGUGCGCUACUUUGUGGAUCAUAACACACGCACCACGACCUUCAGUGACCCGCGGACGGGCAAAUCUGCCGUCUCUAAAGGUCCACAGAUCGCAUACGAGCGAAGCUUCCGGUGGAAACUGGCGCAUUUCCGUUAUUUGUGUCAGUCCAACGCUCUGGGCAGCCAUGUGAAGAUCACCGUGUCCCGACAGACGCUGUUUGAAGACUCGUUCCAGCAGAUCAUGAACUUUAAACCGUAUGACCUGAGGAGACGUCUGUACAUUAUCUUCAGAGGAGAGGAGGGACUGGACUACGGAGGCCUCGCUCGGGAAUGGUUCUUCCUCCUGUCUCACGAGGUGCUGAACCCCAUGUACUGUCUGUUUGAAUACGCUGGCAAGAGCAACUACUGUCUGCAGAUCAACCCAGCAUCCACCAUCAACCCCGAUCACCUGUCCUACUUCUGCUUCAUCGGACGCUUCAUCGCCAUGGCUCUCUUCCACGGGAAGUUCAUUGACACUGGCUUCUCGUUGCCCUUCUACAAGCGCAUGCUCAAUAAGAAGCUGAUCUUGAAGGAUCUGGAGUCAAUAGAUCCUGAGUUCUAUAACUCUCUCAUCUGGAUCAGAGACAACAACAUCGAGGAGUGCGGCCUGGAGAUGUACUUCUCAGUGGACAUGGAGAUCCUGGGCAAAAUAAUGUCUCACGACCUGAAAGAAGACGGAGCUGAUGUCCUGGUGACGGAGGAGAAUAAAGAGGAGUAUAUUGGGCUGAUGGCCGAGUGGAGGUUUUCUCGUGGCGUUGAGAGUCAGACCAAAGCGUUCCUGGACGGCUUCAACGAGGUGGUGCCGCUGCAGUGGCUGCAGUACUUUGAUGAGAAGGAGCUGGAGGUGAUGUUGUGUGGCAUGCAGGAGGUGGAUCUGCAGGACUGGCAGAGGAACACAGUCUAUCGUCACUACACACGCAACAGCAAACAGAUCAUCUGGUUCUGGCAGUUGGUGAAGGAGGUGGAUAACGAGGUGCGUCUGCGUCUGAUGCAGUUUGUGACGGGCACCUGCAGGCUUCCGCUGGGCGGCUUCGCUGAGCUCAUGGGAAGCAACGGACCGCAGAAGUUCUGCAUUGAGAAGGUGGGCAAAGAGACGUGGCUGCCCCGGAGUCACACCUGCUUUAACCGGCUGGAUUUGCCCCCCUACAAAAGCUUCGAACAGCUGAAGGAGAAGCUGCUCUUUGCGAUCGAGGAGACGGAAGGAUUCGGUCAAGAGUGAUGAAGCGUCUUUCCUCUUUAUGGCCACGCAUCAGCCAAGUAAAACAAAACCAUGAAACUUGCACAGAUGAUUACCAAUGUAAAUAAGCUAUUUUGUCAUUUUAAACCAAAUCUUUAUCUUAAGACCUCAUUUAGCGAUCGUCAUAACAUGAUUCCCCAUGAAUAUGCAAGCGUUUGAGCUUUUCUGAUCUUUUCUAUGCUGGUAUCUAUAUACAACAACGCUUCGUUUUAUUCAUUUGGCGGGUUUGUAAAAUGAGUGUGGAAAAAAACAACAUUAGAGAGGAUUUUAUAGUAGAACUCAAACUUACGGCUCUAGUUUUAUAGAGCUUUUACAGAAUGAUUGUAGAGUUUGAUCAGGUGCCUGGGGUUUUUCUUGAUUUGUUUUGUUGGACACUGAGUUGUGAUGAAGCGCUUGCAUGGCUGCCUGCAGACUGAGAGAUGAUUGGACUCCUGUAGACCGCUGUCUCACAUAUCAUUCAUCACGACUGGCUCUCGACAGUAUUGCUGCUGUCUCUCAGUAGUGGUCUCUCUCUGCACUCGCUCAGAACAUCAGUUGUGCUCGAAGCACUUCACUAUUUCUGUGGCCUUUGACCGUCAGGGGAGGAAAACUGUCCAUGAAUA